GGACGCCAGGCACUUGGGACUUAGGAGAGCUAAUGCGUCAUCUACGCAUAUGACCUCAUAACUACUCAGCCGGUUUGUUACCUUCAGGCGAUGACACCCUUGUAAGAUACAACACGGCACCUGUAAGGAAGAAGGAGGAAUGAACUACUCCGUUGGCAUAGGAUCAAGAGGAGGUACUUUCGGGCUGCUUGCCGCGCCCUCCUCCUCCCACCUCCCGCCUGCGUCCUCGCUCCCGAACCCACCAGCUCCCUGUCCCUCAACCGCCACAAGACCCUGGCGACUGCCCUCCUGCGCCUCGCAAGGGCGCCAUACAACCACCGCCGCAAGCUGCGCCUCCUCCUCCUUCUCAGCUGCGGCUCCUUCAUUACUAACAAGAACAACAGGGUCAAGGGCAUCACGGACUGCCACCACAUGCGCACGAGCGUUCGCCUCCAAAGCGACCUCCACGUUUCCGGCGUCCGGCGCCCUAGCGGUACCUCCAGCCCUAGGAGCAGCCGCAGCAGCAAAGGGAGCAGCAGCGUCAGCGCAGGCAGCCGCUAGUGCCGGGCGGAGGUGCAGGGGAACGAGGACGUGUCAAGCGUACGGCAGGGGAGCCUCCUUCCCCCCCUCCUCCUCCUCCCCCGACCCCCCCGACCACUACCGCCUGCUGGGGCUCUCCCCCGACUGCGACGAGGAGGACAUCCGGGCCGCCUUCCGCCGCCGAGCCAAGGAGCUGCACCCGGACGUGAACAAGGAGGAUGGCGCCACCCAGGCCUUCGUGGCCCUCACCGCCGCCUACGAGGUGCUGUCCGACCCGGAGGCCAGGCGGCAGUACGACAUCACAUACCACCACCACCACCGACGGUUCAGCUUCUUCAGGGACGUGCAGGAUGUGGACGAGGACUCGGGUCCCAGCCCCUUCCGCUGGUCCCGAGUGGGCUCCCAGCGGCACCACCAGCCCUCGGGCGGGGGCUUCACCGCCCCCCGCCCCUUCGACGACGGCAGUGGCGGGGACGAGGAGGAUGAUGAGGAGGAGGAGGACGACGCGGCGCGGGUAGGCGAGCAGGGGGACGGCGGGUACGGGUCGUCGGACGAGGCGGAGGGUGGGGGCGGCGAGGACUGGCGGCGGCGGCUGGGCGGGCGGAGUCCGGAGGAGUUUCUGGAGGAGCUGGCAAAGUACAUGUCUGGUCCCGGCGGUGCGCUGCACCGGGGCGGCUGGGGGCGGCCGCACGACCCCUGGGGCACCUCCUCCAGCGAGUCGUGGUUCAAACAGGUUGAGAGGCAGACCCGAGAUCCGUACGGCCCCGCUCGACCCGGGUACGGCAGAUCCGCAUCACCCGAUGACGAGGACGACUACGGUGACGGCAUGGGCGGCAGCACGCGGGAGUGGGGGGCGGGCGGCCCACGGGGGGUGCCGGGAUGGAGCCCGCCAGGUCGCUCCUCCGAGUGGCAGCACCCGCGGCGGCAGUGGGACGAGGAGGAGCGGCGGGGCGGAGGGGGCGGGAGGGGCGGAGGGGGAGGAGGAGGGGGCGACUUCCGCAGGCCAUUCAACAUAUAGAUAGGCAGGCAGCGUUGUAGCAGCGAGUGGUUUGCGGUGGUUGUGCAUGUGCCAAUUUAUGUAAUGUAGGUAGGCUUGCUUGGUUCUUGUUGAUUUGGGUGUGUUGAUUGGGUGAACUCGUGGAGAGCAGAAACGUUGCAUGACAGGAUGAGCAGGAGAAGGGCUUGCAGCGGUGAGGGAGGGAGAGAGGCAGAGCAAAGAGGGGCAGGAGGGCCGGCGGCUGGGGGCGCCUGUGUGCCUACGGUACCCCGGCCUGCUUGGAUAGCUUGAUGGAGGGAGGCAGCAAUGAAGAAUGACCAAGCAUUACGCACCUGCACCUAGGACCAGAGUGACAUGAGGAAGACUGCUGCGGCGCGAUGCAUAAGUGCACGAUGCAAAGCCACAGCGGGGCUGGGCACUGGCGCGGCAAGGAGGCGUGGAGGAGGUCGGUGCGAGGAGAGGGCGGAGGGAAGCAGCGCGCGGCAGGGCAGGUGGUGUGAAGGGUAAUGGGCGUCGGUGUGAAGGGGCCUGGGUGAUCAGUAACUGUGCC